AUGCGCGGCCCACCGAUGACGAUUGACGCGAUCGGAGAUGCGGAGGAGAAGGCACCGGUGCCGCGUGGGUACCAGCGCGCGACUGAUCUUGGCGCGUCGCGAUUCACAUCGCUCGAGCCACCUCGCGCGCGCAGAACCGCAGCUGCAGCAGCGCGCACCAGCGUCUGCGCCACCCCCGCAGGAGUAUACAGCGCUACCGCCGCCGUAACAAGUCGACCUGCCACAAGCUUAUGCGCGACCGGGCCUCAACGGCUACGGGAUGCCGUCAGCAAGCCAGCGGAAGUUAAACAUACGCAAGUUCGAUAA